CAUGUAGACCAGGGUCCUACAAGGCUUUGUCAGGGAUUAUCAAGUGUUCCAAGUGUCCUACCCACAGUUCCAGCCAUGACCAGGCAGCCACACUCUGCCACUGUGACAAAGGCUUCUACCGGGCAGCCAAGGACCCCUCCACCAUGGCAUGCACACGCGCUCCAUCGGCCCCCAGGAACCUGGUCUCUCUCAUGAACGAGACGGCUCUGUUCCUCACCUGGUCUCCACCUAGCGACAGCGGUGGCAGGAAGGACCUGACUUAUAACAUCAUGUGCCAGCGCUGUGGCAGUGGCGCCUCCGGUGGCGAGGAGGACUGUGAGCCGUGUGAGACCGACCUGCGCUUCGUACCACGCCUCCUGGGCCUCACCGGGACCUCGGUGGCUAUUCUGGACUUUGCCACACACGCCAACUACACCUUCCACGUAGAGACGGUCAAUGGAGUGUCUGGACUGGGAGGAAACACCAGGCCCCUGGCAAACAUCACUGUUACUACUGACCAGACUGGUCCUUCUCUGGUUGGCGUGGUGAGGAAGGACUGGGCGUCUGACAACAGUAUCGCCCUCUCCUGGACGGAGGUGGAACAGCAGCCCAACGUCAUACUGGACUAUGAGAUCAAGUACUACGAUAAG